AUGCCACGAGACUCUUUGACUACAGAGCCUGCGGAUGUGUCCACCUUGGAUGGGUCCAGAGCUGCUGUGCAGGCACUGGCUUCUGAAAGUGUGUGUGCUUAUUCAGUGAUUUGUCAUGAACUAGCAUGCACAGGAACAAAUACGCAUGCUAUCCCGUGCAACACUUUUGGAAGGCCUUGUGUCACUAAAGAUCCUAGAGCUACAUUUCAUCAACCUAGAUUGAGCAGGUCUGCAUAUAGACCCAUGAACUUUUCUCCAGGCAAAUAUGUCCGUCUACCUUCAUGUGAGAGUCGGCCAGUUUUUCCAGGAGUUUCCUGUGCACAGCAAAUACCAGAUUUUAGAUCUGCUAGCAAAUGGCCAUGGCCCCACAUGGAUUUGCAAACCCCCAAGAUGGAUAAUUUCAUGCAGACAAACAUUGGAGGAGAGAAUUCUUUAUUGUACCAAUGUGUGGAUCAGACACCCUUGCCUUUUGGAUACUGUAAAUUCUAUUUCAAUACCUUUCGUGGCUGCGUUAAACCACACUGUUGGUUUGAACAUGUGCCUAAACCAGGAGAUGAAAAGCUGUGCAUGGAGGUUAUAAGAAAGUUUGUGAACUCCCGCUGCCAAAAUUUGGUGAUCCGUGCAGUAAACAUUUUUGGUGCUUUCUACAAGAAUGGCUUACCUGGUGCUGACUUUAGCAUGCAAGUGCUGAAUGACCUCCUGUUUGCUCUGAUAAUGAUGAACUGCCUGAACCCGUUUUUUAACCUACUGAACCUCAGCCUGAAGAUUAAAGUACUGCCUCAAUUAGACAUUUUGCUCAAUGCAUUUGAACAUGUAUCAUCUGGAGGUGUGAAAAGUAUGGUACCCAUUCUGAUAGAAAUACUGUGCAAGUGUGUAGAAAUGGGGAUGACUCUUCAUUUUAAACACUGUGACUACAUCAUUAAACAUCUCGAACAGAUGCAUGCUUCCAAUGAAGACAUUGAUAUAAUACAAGCACUGAAGACAAGACAGUGGACAAAACCUGGAAGUGGACCUUGUGACUUGAACAUGGCAGUAGCUGAAGUUGAGCACUACAAAGAAAAGCAAGACUGGGAAAAAAUGGGAAUGCUGUAUACUAACAUGAGAACUUGCUGUGAAAAUCUUGGUGAACUUCAUAAGCUUUCAAGGUGCAUGACUUCAGCUUUGAAGAAAGACCGCAAGGAUGAUCAUGCAAUUAUUCCAUUCUGUCAGUUUGCCAAAGCAGUGUGGAAGGACACUUGUAUCAAUGGUGUCGAUAAAAAAAUAAUAGGCAAAAUAGGAGUUUCUCUCAUGUGCACGUAUUAUAAAAACAAGGAGUGGAUCAAGGGAAGAAAAGUGCUGGAUACUCUUCGUGAGCUACACAUAUGUUUUAAGGCAUUGACAUGUGACGUCAAUGUUUCAAGAUGCCAGCUUAUCAACAUGGCUGUUGAAAUUUACAUGGAAACUGGGUACUUAGAUGGUGCAGUCUCAGUACUAAAAGAGUCUGAUUGGAUGAUAAGUAACCCUUUAUGUCCCUGUGAUGCCAUGGAUGUGAUAAAUCGGCACAAUCUACUUUGUACAGUUGCAGCUGAAACCAUGGAGAGGAGGUUAUAUAAAGAAACCCUUGAAAUUUUAAAACAUUUACCAGGCCUUCAGGAGGAAGAGGAUUCAUCUGAAGCUUUUAAAGCGUCACAGUACAACAUGAUUUUUAAUGAGCUUUUACGUGUAUGCAUUGAAAACAACAUCCUUGGUGUGUCCUCCAGCACUGUGGAUUUUAUGACUUCAAAGAACAUUUCUGUAAACUUUGUAUUUUUGAGGAAGCUGGUUACUGCUUUGGGAAAGACCUGCCUAUGGUGCACAGCCAGGAAUAUUUACAAAAAAGCCUUACUAAUGGGUUGCUACCCACCUAUGAAGAAUAGCCUAUAUCACAGAAUACUUCCAGUUCCUCAUUUCAUGUCUGAAACCGAACAGAAACUGGCUUUGGAAGUCUUUCUUGUUUACAAUGCAAGCAGUAUUCAGAAUCCUGCUUCUUCAUCUCCAACUCUGCAGAUUGUGGUGAAAAGACACUCUGAAAAUGCACCAUGCACCAAUGAGGAAUAUCAAGCAGGUGUGAAGAGACUACACCUGGCAUCCCGAUUAUCUGAACCAAAGCUGCUUAUUAAGUAUACCACAGUGAAUUUUGCUGAAGAGCAGGUUUAUAUUUUGGAGCAUUGCUCAGCUUUAAAGUGGUUGAACCAAAAUAUGAGGUGGGCUGGAAAGAUUUGGCUUUUCCCUCCUAAUGCUAGUUUUUAGGAAAAAUGUGUUUGUUGAAAGGAAAGGUAAUUAAAGAGUGUUGAAGCCUGAUUCUUUAGAUUAUAUUUUUAUUGUAAUUACAGAUUUUUUGAUUAGCCACAAUGUAAGUGUGUAAUAAUAGCAUUUGUUUUUAGAAAUAUUGAGGUUCUUUUUUUCAAAAAAAAAGCAGGGAGAUUUGCUGGAUGUACAGUUGUGUAGUUUGAUUAAUUUUAUGAUAGAUAUAUAAUUUUCUUGAAUACAGGUUCUGAUACGGAGACAGAUCUUGCCCUGUCCAUCCUUUCCUUUCAACGAGUUCUGAAGUUUAAUGUUUAAACUCGGACUGGAUAAGUCUAAAACUGAGCCAGAGACAGACAGACACACACACACACACACACACACACACGACUUGUGUGAAAAUGAAAAAGAAACAUAGUAAUAAGUCAUUCCAAGACUUAAUGGAAGUGUUAUCGUUAGCAGAUAAUGAAUGUCUUUCUUUGAU